GGCGCGUGUCGCGUGUCGCGGGGAGGUUCCCGCGCGUGACGAGGCGCCGUGGGACGAGGCCGAGGGACAGCCAUCAUGGCGGAGCGGAGCCAGAUCGCGUCCGAGGCAGGCAAUGACAUUGGAGCAGAUGAAAUCAUCGCAGGGAAUGUUAGCAAGUUUGCUGCUGUCCCCGGAGGCUAUUAUGGGCCUCCCAAGAAGGGCCACCUGAUCUUCGAUGCUUGCUUUGAGAGCGGUAAUCUUGGCCGGGUGGAUCAUGUCUCCGAGUUUGAAUAUGACCUGUUCAUAAGGCCCGAUACCUGCAAUCCGCGCUUCAGGGUCUGGUUCAAUUUCACUGUUGAAAACGUGAAAGAAUCACAGAGGGUGAUUUUCAACAUCGUUAACUUCAGUAAGACCAGGAGCCUCUACAGAGACGGCAUGACCCCAAUGGUGAAGUCCGCCAGCCGCCCCAGAUGGCAACGACUGCCUCCGAAAAAUGUGUACUAUUACCGCUGCCCAGACCAUCGCAAGAACUACGUGAUGUCCUUUGCUUUCUGCUUUGACCGGGAAGAUGACAUUUAUCAGUUUGCGUACUGCUACCCGUACACGUACACGCGAUUCCAGCACUAUCUCGACAGCCUGCAGAAAAGAGACAUGGACUACUUCUUCCGGGAGCAGCUGGGAUUAAGUGUGCAACAGCGGCAGCUUGAUCUCCUGACCAUAACCAACCCGGGGAACCUCCAUGAUGGAGCUGAGCAGAAGGUGGUUUUCAUUACAGGCCGCAUCCACCCUGGGGAGACCCCCUCUUCCUUUGUGUGCCAGGGGAUCAUUGACUUCCUUGUGAGCCACCACCCAAUUGCCCGAGUCCUGCGGGACCACCUGGUCUUUAAGAUUGCACCAAUGUUGAACCCUGAUGGAGUCUACUUGGGAAAUUACAGGUGCUCCCUCAUGGGGUUUGAUCUGAAUCGCCACUGGCUGGACCCCUCCCCAUGGGCCCACCCGACUCUGUAUGGGGUGAAGCAGCUCAUUAUCCAGAUGCACAACGACCCGAAAACCAGCCUGGAGUUCUACAUUGACAUCCACGCACACUCUACCAUGAUGAACGGCUUCAUGUAUGGCAACAUCUUUGAAGAUGAGGAGAGGUUCCAGAGACAGGCCAUCUUCCCCAAGCUCCUGUGCCAGAAUGCUGAAGACUUCUCCUUUUCCAGCACGUCCUUUAACCGGGAUGCAGUGAAGGCAGGAACCGGCCGGCGCUUCCUGGGAGGUCUGCUGGACCACACCUCCUACUGCUACACCCUUGAGGUGUCCUUCUUCAGCUACAUCAUUGGGGGCACUGCGGCCACUGUGCCCUACACCGAGGAGGCCUACAUGAAGCUGGGGCGGAACGUGGCUCGGACCUUCAUGGACUACUAUCGCCUGAACCCCAUUGUGGAGAAAGUGUCCUUUCCCAUGCCCAGGCUCAGGAAGGAAAGAUCACCUCCCUUCAAGCACUCACACGUUCGGGCCCAGACAGGUUCCCGCUCGGCCUUCAGAGGAGACAAGAAGAGCUCUUUCAAUCACAAAGACCACUCUCAGUCCUCAUAAAGAUGCAGAGAAUGCUGGCAGGGGUCGGGAGAAGGGUCACCCUUCUGAGCCAGCAGAGGCGAGAGGGUCACAAAGUUGGGUCUGGAGAGAGAAGCCCUCCUUCAUUUCCCACAUGAGGAUUUCUGAAAUGAAAAGUAGCCUGGAAAGAAAGGGGAGAAUUGAAAGGGGUAGGGAAAGGACACACAGAUUUCUAUAUUGAUCCAAAUAUCGGCCAACCAAAAAGAGAGGCUAUAUACCUGACCCAAGAAAGGGAUGUAUGUAUGUAUGUAUGUACUCACAUACAUGUAUAUGUGUAUUUUACAUACAUAUAUACUUAUUAUAGACACAUAUAUACAUACAUAUGUAUAUAUACCAUAUAAGCAUACACUGAAAAAUAAUGGGGUUACAGGCCACACUCGGGUUUUAUAUAAACCAAAUUAUGGCCUACAUUUGGACAGAUAUGGUAGAAGUUUACUCCUGACUUUUCCUUUCAUUGAUAAUAAAUUGAAUGCAGACCUUGGGCCCAUUUGCUGCUAAGCCAAUGGAAUUCAAAUGGUAUUUUCUGUAGCAAGAUGACCCACAAUCCCCAGAUCUGUGCACAGAAAUCUCACCCAACUCUCUGGGCCUCCCACUUUCCAUAGCGAACAGCUCUGUAGCCACAAGACAAUGGGUCGGCCCAAAGAAAAUACUGGCCCAGAAGCUGUGGCUUUCCCUGCUCUGCUCUCCUUCCUACAGGCCUGAGCAGAGUUGGAGAAAGGCUGACACCCUUCUCAGGGUAAUGGCAAACGUCUGUCUGUCCUCCCAGCUCAGCUGACCUGGCUACCUUAGUGGGGUAAGAGAGACAAGGAUGAGGCAUGUCCCUCACAUUAGCUAUCCAGUGGGUCAAUGGAUCAAACUUUCCCCUUUCCUUCCAGAGCUUUUCAAAAGUUGCAUAUGUUGCUAUGACUUGUUAGUUUCUUAAGCAAAGGAUGCUGGCUACCACAGCUUUGUUGACUUCUAGAUGGAGCACCCUAGCAUGAAACUCCCUUCCCCCCAGCAAAUGCUCCCCUGAAAGCUUCUACUGAGUUCCCUGGGAAGAUUAUUUCAAACGAGAAAUCCAAGAUUGGUGGGCCCUUCCAACAUGUUUUUUGUUGCUUGUCUAUCCCUAAGUAUCCUGAGGUCAACGCAUAACCUUAGCACAGACGGGGUCUGGCACCAGUGCCUGUACCCAUACCGCAUUGGUUAUAUUCCAUGGCAGAAUCAGGGUAGGGGGAGGAAGUGAUUGUCACUGGAAAAAAUCAGAGAAUAGGAAAAGAAACAAUCCUUCCCACAUACCCCUCCCCUGUGCCAUGUUUGGAGGAGAGAGAUGAAUGACAACAAAAAACCCAAAGCCCUCUUCUCCAUCCUCCUUCCCAAGGUGGUAGGGGUUAAGUGCUGGGUCUUUUUUUCUGCAAGGAAAAGUGCUUUAGUAUGAUGAAUGUGGCCUCAGCGGCUGCUGGCGGCUCCCUGUCUGGGUAAGCAGCAAGAUGAGUAAUUGUGACAGCCGAUAAUUAAAAUGACCUCGCAGAGACAUGGAUUAGGAGAAGUGCCAGGAAGCAGGGUGGGGAUUGGAGAACAGGUCCUUUGAAUUCAGGCUGCAUUCAUGGACCGCUCCUGUUGGGCAGUGGGCCCUAUAUUUCUGUUGAAGAUGUUCAAAGUUAGUUAUAAAAAUUGAGAGAGAAAUUCCUUUUAAGUGUUUUCCUCUUGCGUGGUGGUCUUUAAACAUUGAUGCCAAGAGUCCUCUGUUUAUGGGCUCAAAAACACCGGGCUGUGCAUGCAACCCAUCUCAGGGGGGCCUUAUAGUGGAGGAAGUGGAAAUAAAGGGGUUUGU